GCAGGGGAGGUAACAACCUAGGGGAAUCCAAAAAAUCUCCCUGACUAAAGAUUUUAUUUUUGAAAAAAAAAUUUUUUUGGUCGAAUAUUUAUUUAAGAAAAAAAGGUUAACGGUUUAACAUUAUAGAAAGAAAAGAGUCUGAGAUAAAGAUGAGAUAAGUUUUACGCCUUUAUUUUUACAUCACGCAUCGAAUCACAUACAUACACACACACACACGCAUAGAUAUACGUGCAUGUAUGUAUAUAUGAGUGUGUGUAUAUAAAUAUAUAUAUAUAUACAUAUACACGUCUUAAGUAAUACUGUUGUCGUAUUGACAAAAUAUGUGGAAAAAAUAGAAGAAAAGGAGAGGAGAAAGACCAGAAAAAAGGGUGACAAACAAUAACAACCCCACCAACGGCGAUCAUAAUAUUGAUGUUGAUGAUGAUGAUGGUGGAGGAAGAAGUAAUAAUAAAAUAAAUAAAUAAAAGAGAGAAGAGAGAGAGAAAGAAAGAAAGAAUAAAUAAAUGAAUUCGAAAGGAAGCGAGGAUCGAACCUGGUUUUCGGCAGAGAAGAGGAAAACCCAAGGUGGUUGUUUGAAAUAAUGUCACCCGGUAAGGCUUUUCUUUGUGGGUGUGUAAAGUAAAUCGAAGUGUGAAAGAAGAGAAGAGGGUGAAGACAGGAGGAAAAGAAACAACGGCGACAGACAUUCGGCGGCCUUUUUCUUCCCCCAUUCUCUCUUGUCUCGGGGAAUUAUGGAUUUUCUCAAGAUCCCUAGAGACCCCUUCUUACCAAUGUGCAAUGCCAGGUGAAUGAGAAUCUGCUCCGUGUUCAUUACUUUCUAUCUGAGAGGAGUGAAAAAAAUCAAACCAUUUUUUUUAAAAAAACCAACCAGACAUCAGCUACUCUUCCCUCCAGUGUCAGUGAAGUACCAGUAAUAUAUUGGGCUACACAGCAAGUUGAAACCAAGACAGUUUUAAAGAUUAAAGCAUCAAGUGUCGGGGGCAGAAGACAAGUACUGAAGCCCUUUUCAAAGCAGGACAAAGAACCAGAAGGUUCAACAUUGCAACCGGUUUCUCCUGGAUGAAGUUCACUAAUUCUUCUCAUGUGCAUCACUUCCAACACCAAACCUCGACAUUGUUCUAUAUCUCUGUUUCUCUACUGUUUUACUCGAGGUCUUAAGGACAUUCUUCACCCACACCCCUUUCUGCACUCACCCAGUGGAGAAUUUUUUUUUUUUUAAAGCAAAAAAAUAAAAAAAAGGGGACAUUCGUUCAUCUUUUAGCCACACUCUAAAUGCAAUCACUCAAUGGACACUGCACUCUACUCGAUAGAUACACUCGGCAUCUCAGGACACCUCUCACUCAUCUGCUGCGUACACUCUCCACUACACUCCACUCUGAUCACCUUUCACUCAUUGAAUAUAUUUUAAUUGCUGUUUUAGUCCCCAACACUGGAUAUUUUCUUUAGGGGCCUUAUCUGAACCCUAAACCAAAAUGAACACAUUUUCAAGUUGAUAUAUUCACAUUAUUCAAAAUAUUCCACUCUCAUUAUUUCUCCAAAGACCCUCAUCCUUUUUUCUUCGCAACAGUCAACAAUAUGAGAAGCACCAGCCUUUAAGAAUUUUCUUCAUUUCUUCACCAAAUUUCACCGACAGUGACUCUUCCCCAUCACUAUAUAUACAUCAAUAUAUACAUAUAGUUGUGUAUAUACUUUUAUAUACACUUGUUUUCACCAGAAAUCAAAUUUCAGGAGUAUAUUUUUGCAAUAAAUUUGUGGAGGUCAUUUUUGGAGCCCUGGAUUCUGUCACAAGUACCCAGGAUUCUGUCACAAGUACCCAGUCAUUACAACCCUCACAUAUGUUUCAUGUCCAACACUCGUGACGAAAGAAAACUAUACACAUAUCCAUACACACACAUAUAUAUAUAUAUUUGUGUGUUGAUCUUGUUGGAACUGAAAGUAAGCCAACUACAACAACAGCUGCCAUAACAAGACUAUCGUAAACAACAACAACAACAACUCAAGUAUAAUCAUCCACAGCAACAACAGUAACAGAAGUGAAAGAGAAGGUGAGCGAAAGUAUUAUUGUAUGUAUUUUGGAGUGGUACGAUGCUAAUUAUGGAGAAACGAUUCCACUGCGAGAUUUGUGGGAAGAAAUUCCUACUGAGUAAAACAUUGGAGAAACACCAGAAGACGGCACAUGUCAACGACAAUGUUGAGAAGCUGACAGUGGCGCCACUGGUCUUGCAGAGACCAACUUACCAGAAUCACCACCAUCCUGUGAAAAUUCCAAACAGCAGCGUCAGUAAUAAUAGCAACAUGGGAGGUCCAGCAGCGGCCGCUUCUGUUAUCAGUGGUGGUGGAGGAGGUGGCGGUGGUGCCAGUGGCAUGGCUAUGGUUGGUGGUGGUGGUGGUGGUGGUUCUAGUGGUGUUGGUCUCAGUGCUAGUAGUGGUGGUGGUGGUGGUACUGCUAGCAGUGGUGGUGGCAGUGGGUCACUUCCUCCAAAUGCGAGAGUUAUGGUCAGCAUCAGCGGCAACAGAGCAACGCCCCUUGUCAUGGUGAACAACACGCCAGUCCCAGUAACCGAACCGGCUGACGCCGAGACCGACCAGGAUGCAGAAGCCGACGAGGACGGCGAUGAUGAUGGAGACGACGACUCUUCUUCCUCGGCCCCUUCUCCCAUGUCUCCUGCACCACAACCGCCUCCACAAGCUCCGCUGCCCCCACAGCCUGUCACGGCACCGGCCCCGGCUCGCUCUCGGAACACGACGGCAUCGACCGCGGCUCGUUCGCGGGCCCGUGCAGCUGCAGCUGCCGCGAUCCCAAAGUCCGACAACUCCUCCAAGCCCUACCACUGCGACGUAUGCACCAAGCAGUUUGCUCGCCGCGGCACGCUGCGCAUCCACAAGAGCACUCACUCCGGAGAGAAACCAUUCCACUGUGACAUUUGCUCGAAACACUUCGGACAGAAGCAUCACCUGAAAACACACAGACGAACUCACACCGGCGAGAAGCCGUUUCAGUGUGUUAUCUGCAGCAAGCAGUUUGCUCGUAGUGACACACUGCUCAGGCACAAACGUAUGCAUAAGACUAGCGACAACUGAGAAUGGUUCCUACACAUCCAUAAAA